GAGGGAGGCGAGAAAAUGGCGGCGGCGGCGGCGGCGCCUUGAGCGGCGCGUCCCAGGCUGGACAAACGCUGCUCCGCUAUGGAGAAUGAACCCAACACAACGACAUGUUCUGCAUCCACCACGACCGUCACCACCACCUCCACUUCCCGCACGCCGCUGCCGCAGAUCUCCGUCUACAGCGGCUCUGACAGACAUGCUGUGCAGGUUAUUCAGCAGGCCUUGCAUCGUCCUCCUAGCUCAGCUGCUCAGUACCUCCAGCAGAUGUAUGCAGCCCAACAGCAGCAUCUAAUGCUGCAGACUGCUGCUCUGCAGCAGCAGCACUUAAGCAGUACCCAAUUUCAGAGUCUGGCAACUGUUCCACAGGCAAGCCUGUCAGGUGGGAGGCAAUGUACUUCCCCCACUGGGAGUGUCACUCAGCAGUCAAGCAUGUCGCAGACCUCGAUUAACCUCUCCACCUCUCCUACACCUGCACAGAUAAUAAGCCGUUCUCAGACCUCCAACACCACCAGCAGCAGCAUCACCCAACAGACGAUGUUGCUGGGCAGCACCUCUCCCACCCUGAGUGCAAGCCAGGCUCAAAUGUAUCUACGAGCUCAGAUGCUUAUUUUCACUCCUGCAACCACUGUGGCUGCUGUCCAGUCUGACAUUCCUGUUGUCUCCUCAUCCUCCUCAUCUUCCUGUCAGUCUGCAGCUACUCAGGUUCAGAACUUGACGCUGCGCAGUCAGAAGCUGGGUGUGUUGUCAAGUUCCCAGAAUGGCCCACCAAAGAGCAGCAGUCAGAGUCAGUCCCUGUGCCCCAGCAAGGCUGCCAGCAGCUCCAAGGGCAGCCAGCCAGACCCCUCAGAGAGCAAUAGGAAAGGCGAGAGCCCCGCUCCAGAGUGCCGGAGCACGCCGGUCACACGGACAUCCAGCAUACACCACCUCAUUACACCAGCUUCAUAUUCUCCAUUGCAACCUCAUUCUCUAGUAAAACAUCAGCAGAUCCCACUUCAUUCGCCGCCUCCAAAGAUUUCCCACCAUCAGCUGAUCCUGCAGCAGCAGCAGCAGCAAGUCCAGCCGAUCGCACUCCAGACUCCUCCGGGCCAGGAGCCGCCUCCAUCGCAGCACUGCCUGCCCCUCCCGAGCCACGCGCUGCCCCCGGCUCCCAGCAGCGUCCCGUCCCACUGCUCCCCCAUCCACAUCCAUCCUCCGCCUCUCACGCUCUCUCCCACGCCAUCCCAGUCAGCUCAGCAGUCCGUGGUGGUGUCCCCUCCACCGUCCCACUCCCCGAGUCAGUCACCCACCAUCAUUAUUCACCCCCAAGCCCUUAUCCAGUCGCAGGCCAGCUCGCUGGUGCCGGCGGCUCUGCAGCCCGAGCCGGCCGCUCCCCAGGCUGCUGCCACCCCCGUGCGGCCGUCGCAGGGGCUCAGCCUCCCGCCGCACCUGCCGCUCCCGCCCUCGCCCGCCGUGCACAUCGGGGCCGUGGAGCCGCCCAGCUUGGUUUCCUCGGGCCAGCAGCUCGUGUCCUCCACGCCACACCAGCAGUAUCCAGCCGUGCAAUCCGCUCCCAUCCCUCUGGCAGCUCCGCCUCAGCUCUCGGCAUCCUCAACCCAGAUUCAACCGCUGCCCCUGCAGUCUGUGCAGUCUUUGCAAGUGCAGCCUGAAAUUCUGUCCCAGGGCCAGGUUUUGGUUCAAAACACUUUGGUUUCUGGGGAAGAACUUCCUGCUGCAGAGGCGUUGGUCCAGCUGCCAUUUCAAACCCUACCACCACCACAGACCGUCGCAGUAAAUCUGCAGGUGCAGCCGUCGGUUCCGAUUGAAACUCCAGCGAUUUGCCAAGUGGAGAAUGUGUGUGAAGGGGAGAUGCCCGAGGACUCAGAUUGUGUCCACAUGGCAAGAACACCUACACCACCCACCUUGUCCCCACCAGCCAUUACCUUGGGCCAUGGAGAGGCUCUUAAUUCAGAAGAUCCUUUGUCAGAACAUGGGGGACUGCCUUCAGUGACAUCAUCAGUCAGUGCCUCAGUAAUUAAAUCUCCAUCUGAUCCUUCCCAUGUCUCUAUUCCACCACCUCCUCUUUUGCUUCCAGCAGCAACAACAAGGAGCAACAGCACAUCUAUGCCCAAUAGCAUUCCCAGCCUAGAAAAUAAACCUCCACAGGCUAUUGUUAAACCCCAGAUCCUGACCCACGUCAUCGAAGGCUUUGUGAUUCAGGAGGGGUUGGAGCCAUUCCCUGUCAGUCGUUCCUCUUUGCUGGUGGAACAGCCUGCAGAGAAGAGAUUGCUGGUGGAGGGUCAGAUCAUGAGUGUGGUGUGUGUUGAAUCAGACUUGCAGAACACAAAACAUGCAGACAACUCAUCAGACACAGAGAUUGAGGAUAUGAUUGCAGAAGAGGGACUGGAUGAAAUUGAAAAUGAUCUUCUGAAGUGUGAGUUUUGUGGAAAAAUGGGAUAUCCCAAUAAGUUUCUGCGGUCAAAAAGAUUCUGCUCCACAUCCUGUGCCAAAAGGCACAGCCUUAGUUGCACUAAGAAAUUUGGGCUGUUUCCAUCAGACAAGACCAGUCGUUGGAACCGGAAGUCAGAUGGCCAAAGUCUGGGGCGACGCGGGCGUCGGCCGAGCGGCCCUGAGGGGGCGUCACGAGAUCAUUUUCUUAGACAGCUUCCAAUUACUUAUCCAUCUGCAGAAGAAGAUCUGGCUCCUCAUGAGGACGCGGUCCCUACGGCCAUGACCACGCGCCUGCGGAGGCAGAGCGAGAGGGAGCGGGAGCUGCGGGAGCUGAGGAUGAGGAAAAUGCCAGAGAGCAUCGACCUCUUACCAGUGGUGCAAACCGACCCCUCAGUAUGGACUGUCGAUGAAGUUUGGGCCUUUAUACAUUCUCUGCCUGGUUGUCAAGAUAUUGCAGAUGAAUUUAGAGCACAAGAAAUUGAUGGACAAGCUCUCCUCUUGUUGAAGGAGGAUCAUCUUAUGAGUGCAAUGAAUAUUAAGCUUGGACCUGCAUUGAAAAUCUGUGCACGUAUCAAUUCCUUGAAAGAAUCCUAGGAGGUGAACAUGAAGGUUUAAACAAGUGUCUCAGUGACAGAACCAGCAGUAAUACGCCAACAUCUUCACUGUGGCAUGAGUGUUACUGUGAUGUUUUGUUAAGUAGAUGGGGCUCUCCCCACAUAAGGACUUUAAAAUGUUCCUUUGAUUAUAUCAGGAGUCCUCUGUAGUUUUCAACAACUAGUAGGUUUAUAGUAAAGCCUGAGUAAUGCUUUGAGUUUAAAUUUUUCAUGGGAAAACAUGAAGUGAAAUAUGCUGUGAUAGGUUAGAUACUCCCCAACAUGUACUUCAUCUUAUGAGUUCUGGUUGACACCCCAGUCCCCACCCCAAUCUAGACACAAUUUAAAUUGUGUUGCUGUAUUCUGAAAGAUUUUUCCCACAUACAGCAGUGUUUGGACUGAACUAACAGAAGUGUCCACAGGCCCUGUGGAAGCACUAGUACCAGUAAAAUGCUAUGCAUUUAGUUGUGCUCUUUGAGUUUGUUUUAGUCUUGAGCAAAUUGUUUGUAAGGGGUGGGUUGGCAGCUGGUUUUCCUUGUGUGGCUUAUCUUCAUCUCUGCCACUGUAGCAUUUUCUUGAAGUCUGUAAAAAUACUAUAAACCAUGUAGAUGUCUCAUCAAAAUCCUCAUGAUCAGGCUACUGACACUCCUGCCAGAGGUAACUGAAGCACAUGUUACUUUACUCUUUGAAUGCUGCUAUGCACUAAGGGGGCAUUAAGCGUUAGGUUUGUAGUUUCAUAUGCUGCUAGUUAAGCUAGACCAGCAGUUCUCAAAUAGGGGUUCAGAGUGGAGCCUGAGGAAGUGUGUGACCACUUGGGGUUCAGGUUCCCAAAUGCCUGGGUGUGAGGGGCUGAAAACUGCAGCCAGGACCA